AAGUUCUUUCCUGUCACUGACAUACACAAGAGCCGCCGGCAGUGGGUGCGCGACUGGGACAAAGGGAUCGCCAAGAUCCAUCAGGGCAGGCCAGGGAAUCCGCAGGCUGGAGCUGUCACCGUCUUCCGCAUCGAGGCCAUGCAGCUGAAUUUCGUAGCAUCCCGGAAGAAAAUGUACAAGAUAGACUACCAGCGCCUCCGCCAUUUCAGGGAAGAAAAUCAACGACUCUACGACGGCUUGGUGACGGUUCUCAGGACCAUUGCAGGCGAACUCCUCGACAACCAUGACCACCAAGACUGGUUCUCACUCGUCAGCGCUGCAACGCGCAAGGAGAUUAUAUGCGAAGGCUUCGAGCGGGCGGGCCGCCGGUCUGGCAUUGGCCAUGAUGCGCGAAUGCUAUGCCCCGAGUUAAACUCUAGUGACUUGCUGAAGGGGCGCGGAAAGGGGCUAUGGGAUUUGUACGACAAGGCUAUUGUGCUGGACGACGGUGGAAGCAUGGUCAACUUUGACGAUACCUUCAUAAGAAGCGAGUGGUGGAGGAGCGCAUACGGGGACGGCACGGUCCUCCGCUUCAUUCCGGAGGUCAGCAAAUUUUGUUACGAGUUCAUCACCUGCCUCAGGACUGAAUAUCUCAUCUAUUUCGUCCUGCAUACGCUCAGGGUCAUAGUUAAAGGGUGCCACAAUUUCACCAAAGGCACACCAGCGGACUCCAUCGUCGCUAAUAGGGUCUUAUAUAACUUGAAUCCAUUGACUAGUCAAAAGCUCCUGGAAGACAAGAAGCAUCAGAACAGCCGCUCGGCUUUGACGUGCGAGAACUGCCAACGGAAACGCAAAGACGUCGGCGUCAAGUUCAAAUCUUGCAAGGCAUGUAAACAUAAACUAAAUUUUGAGGUUCUCUACUGCUCGAGCGUGUGUCAAAAGGCUGAUUGGCCAGAACACAAGGCCCAUUGCGGGAAAGAGAAGGUGUCGAAGAAUAGGAUAGCUUGCCGUCCCGAGUACUCGUACUCCAUAGCUCUGCAGCUUCAGGUCAAGAUGCACGACUAUUACUCUACUGACUACGUGCUUUUCAGCCGCAGUGAGGAUCCAGAGGGAUACGACGUUUCCUUCUGCAAUGACGAUGAUAAGGGCGAUAUGUUCUUGGACUUGUUCAACGCACUGCUGAUUGAUGCUGAGAAGCCCGGUCUGGAUGUGAUUGCUAAAUGCCUCGUCGAUGCCGUCGACGACUAUGUCGAAUGUGGAAUCACGAGAGAAGACAUAAUAGCUCAGCUCACGGAGGAGUACGAGGUCGAUGUCCGGACCCUGUUGGAGAAGCUUGAGGCGACUCUUGCUGUGGAGGACGACAAGGAGCGAUACAAGGGGAUGGUCAUUCAGGAGCUCCAAUUGGACGAUGACAGUCAGGAUUCGGACAGCAGCGGAUCAGAUGGCGAAGAUUCUGAUAUCGAUGAGUCUGGCACCGAAGUGUCUUUGCCUCAGGCUGUGUCUCCUGCAAGGAGUAGUCCGAAGAGUCAGCAAAAAGGACGUGCGGACACUGCAACCGCAGACGACAGGACCUUGACGCCGGUGGGUGUUUCCUCACCUGCGUAGCUUGCAAGGAGGAUCUCAAUAUCGAGUUCAACUAUUGCUCAAAAGAGUGCCAGAAGCUUGAUUGGCUUCGUCAUAAGGCUCGCUGCGGAAAAGAGGAAGAUCAGGUUGGGAGUGACAAGGGAGAGGCUACGGGCUGCUAACCACGAGGGUACUUUUUCAACUCACGGUUCUUUACGAAUUAAUACUUAUCAAGAUCCCGAUGUUUUUAUUUGUCG